GUUUAUCAACCUCUAAAAAGACGAACAAAAACCUGCAAGAUCCAUAAAACAGCAAAUCCCCUCUCCAGAUCCUCUGCUUAACUCACCAUCAGAUCUGGAAAAAACUUUCCAAUUCUCCAUCACUUUCCCGCGAAAACAAAACUAACAACACAUUUUUCCGGAAAAUAACCAAAAAAAAAAAUGUCGCACAACAGCGACACGAUCCCUCUCCACGCAUCUUCCCAAUCAGAUAUCGACGAGAUCGAGAACCUAAUCAACUCCUCCAUCCAAUCCAGUCCUUCAACAGUCCUACCCGCCCGUCCACCAAGCCCGCCCCGAAUACCCGUAUCCUCAUCUCCAUUCAUCCAAUCAAAUCUUCCUCCACCUCCAGCUCAAGCACAGCUCCCCACUCUUCAAAAACCGCCAUCUGCUGUCCCCUCCGCCCCUCUACCUCCUCUGCCACCUAGCACUGGUAACUCUGCCGGUGGUAAUAUUGCUGCUACUGGGUUCGGGUCCCUUCCGAAUACGUUGACGGAGCCAGUUUGGGAUACGAUAAAAAGAGAUCUGUCUAGGAUUGUGAGUAAUUUGAAGCUGGUUGUGUUUCCAAACCCGUAUCGUGAAGAUCCGGGUAAGGCCUUGAGAGACUGGGAUUUGUGGGGUCCCUUUUUCUUUAUCGUCUUCUUAGGACUCACUCUUUCUUGGUCCGCUUCUGUUAAAAAGUCUGAGGUUUUUGCUGUUGCAUUUGCACUGCUCGCAGCUGGUGCUGUAAUCUUGACACUGAAUGUUCUGCUGCUGGGUGGACACAUAAUUUUCUUCCAAAGUCUGAGCCUCCUGGGUUACUGUCUCGUUCCUCUAGACAUUGGAGCUUUCAUCUGCAUGUUGAAGGACAAUGUAAUAAUAAAAGUGAUUGUGGUAUUUGUGACACUGGCUUGGAGCUCGUGGGCUGCCUAUCCUUUCAUGAGUUCAGCUGUAAACCCAAGAAGAAAGGCACUUGCACUAUACCCUGUAUUUCUCAUGUAUGUAUCAGUUGGUUUUCUCAUCAUCGCCAUUGAUUAAUGCAUAAGCAACUCCCAUUGUUGGAAUUUUCAUAAACAAUUAAACUCACAGCAGUACAUAGGAACUUUACAUGGUGGUUAAUUUUCUGCUCAUGUUACUGUAUUUUUUUACCCUUUUUGACUCCACAUGUUUGGAGAUUCAAUCUGCCAGAUGUUAUAUAGUAGAGUAUGAAACUUUGAUGUGGUUAUGUACCCUGCUUCAUGUCAUUUCUGAAAACGGUGUCCGAGAGGUUCCUAAGGUCCUGAAGGGAAAUUUUAUAUUUUUUUUAA